GAAGUCCAAGCGCAAUGAGAAAACCGUCGCCGCCACCGCUUCCGGCGAGCUCGGUGGUUCCCUCCCUUUGGCGCCGGACCGCCUGCGCGAGAGAGUCAGAAGCUCCUCCUCCGCCGUGUGACCCCGCCUCCUCCUCGGACGCCAACUCGCAGGGAGAGCCUCUGCCGCGGCCUGAGAGCAAGCAACCGCCUGAAAGGGACGCCAUGCUCCACGUAUUCCCCAACAUCCCCACGCAGAUGGACUAUAAAGGCCAGAAAUUAGCAGAGCAGAUUUUUCAAGGGAUAAUUCUUUUCUCUGCUGUAAUUGGCUUUAUUUAUGGAUACAUCACUGAACAAUUUGGCUGGACAGUUUACAUAGUAAUGGGUGGAUUCGCUGUAUCGUGUCUGCUCACACUCCCUCCGUGGCCCAUUUACCGUCGCAAUCCUCUGAAGUGGCUCCCUGUUCAGGAAGUGGCAACAGAUGAGAAGAAGCCAGCAGACAGAAAAGUAAAAAGACACCCUAAAAACUGAAAACUGGCCUAUCAUGUAUCAUUUUCUGCCAUUAAAUUUGAUCUAAACUGCA